GCUUGUGUGUAAGAGAGUAUUUGAAUAUUGCGUCGGUGGAAGGUCAUCUGCCUGCACCGUUUUCGUCUCAAGUUCCCAGCAUGCUGUGCGGCUCGAACAGGAAGAACAUCCCUCCAGAGAGGACACAGCUGAAAAGCGAUCAAGCUUGCAAACAUGUCUGAGACAAUUGAGGAGAAGAUCAAGAACUACAAGACUGCGCCCUUCGACGCCCGGUUCCCCAACACCAACCAGACCCGCAACUGCUUCCAGAACUACUUGGACUUCCACAGGUGCAACAAGGUGUCAGCCAAAGAUCAGGAUGUGGCCCCCUGCGACUGGUACAAGAGGGUUUACAAAAGUCUUUGUCCCAUGAGCUGGGUUGCCAAAUGGGAUGAGCAGAUAGAGAAUGGAAGUUUCCCAGGAAAGAUCUAAAAUAUGACCUGUUAUCUGUCAGUCCUUUCCCAGGCCCUUUUGUUACCUUGUUUCCUCUGUAGUGUUGUGAAGAGCGUCGAACAGCUCACUUCAUCGCCGCCAUCGUCUUCAGUGGCGCUACUGUUAACUAAAGCUUUGAACGCACAACAUGUGUACAGUCAACUCUUUUUUUUGGCAUUGUUUAUUCAAUAAACAGUGCACAACAACAUGAAA